ACAUUGUAUUCAAUAUGUUUAUAUUUUAUUUUAUUACAGUUUGAUUUUUCAAAUACUGGUGUUUAUGGUCUUAGUCUGACAAUAGAAUAUCCACUAGGUGUUUUCUCAAAUGUCAUUCAAUUUUCCAGUUUUUAAAACCUCAGCAAAAACCCAUCAGACAGACAGACAGUUAGACAGAUAGGAAGUCAAACAGUGAGACAGACAGUCAAUUGGUCAGACAGACAAAUUGUGAGACAGACAGACAGAAAGACAGUCAAUCAGAGAGUAAGACAAGCAAACUGUGAUACAGACAAACUGUAAGACAGACAGACAGACAGACUGAGAGCCAAAAAGGCAAACAGUAAGACAGAUAGACAGUAAGACAACCAAACAAACAGUGAGACAAUCAGACAAACUGUGAGAAAGAUAGACAUUGAGACAAACAGUGAGACAAUCAGACAAACUGUGAGACAGAUAGACAGUGAGACAAACAGUGAGACAGAGACAGUGAGACAACCAGACAAACAGUAAGACAAUCAGACAAACAGUAAGACAGAUAGACAGUGAGACAACCAGACAAACAGUGAGACAAUCAGACAAACUGUGAGACAGAUAGACAGUGAGACAACCAGACAAACAGUAAGACAAUCAGACAAACAGUAAGACAAAUAGACAGUGAGACAAUCAGACAAACAGUGAGACAAUCAGACAAACAGUAAGACAGACAGUGAGACAACCAGACAAACAGUGAGACAAUCAGACAAACAGUAAGACAGAUAAACAGUGAGACAACCAGACAAACAGUGAGACAAUCAGACAAACUGUGAAACAGAUAGACAGUGAGACAACCAGACAAACAGUGAGACAAUCAGACAAACAGUAAGACAGAUAAACAGUGAGACAACCAGACAAACAGUGAGACAAUCAGACAAACUGUGAAACAGAUAGACAGUGAGACAAUCAGACAAACUGUGAGACAGAUAGACAGUGAGACAACCAGACAAACAGUGAGACAAUCGAGCAAAAAGUAAGACAGAUAGACAGUGAGACAAUCAGACAAACUGUGAGACAGAUAGACAGUGAGACAACCAGACAAACAGUGAGACAAUCAGACAAACAGUAAGACACAUAUACAGUGAUACAACCAGACACACAGUGAGACAAUCAGAAAAACUGUGAGACAGAUAGACAGUGAUACAACCAGACACACAGUGAGACAGACAAACAGUAAGACAGAUAGACAGUAAGACAACCAGACAAACAGUGAGACAACCAGAGAAACAGUGAGGCAGAUGGACAAACUGUCAAUCAGUCAAACAAAGAGUCAGUCAGACAAACACAGACAAACAGACGGGCAGAUAUUUUCUCACUAGAAUGUAUUAUGUAAGACAUGUCACUACUUGUGAAAGCAGAAAAACAGACAAAGUGAGAUUACAUCGAUUAAUACAUAUAUACAUUGUAUUUUUUUUUAUAAGUUUAAAAGCAGAAUAUAUUAUUAUUAUGUGGAUUUUUACUUUGACCACAGACCAUCAACAAAACAUUUUCCAAAGAAAGAAAGAAAGACCAAAGUAUGACCUCUGACUCGGAUGUAGAUCGUGUGCGCGUAAUGGCGUUGCAGUCGACUGGCUUCCUGUUUCUCAUGUAAACAGCUCUCCCACAUCCACGCUCCUGUUGAUGGUCCUGAGAGCACCCAGGAGCACCUCAGCCGGGUUCCAGGGCAGGUCUUUCUCCGCAUGAAGGGCUUCUGAUGUGAUCAGCGCGAUGUCGAUGGAAGACCCGUUUUUUGUUGUGAAAGGGGAGGUGCAGAAGGCUGUAAACACCGCCCAGGGUCUGUAUCAGAGAUGGACCGAGCUGUUGCAGGAUCCUGGCAGUGCCACUAAAGAGGAGAUUGACUGGACCACCAAUGAGUUGAGGAACAGCUUGCGGUCUAUUGAGUGGGAUCUGGAGGACUUGGAUGAGACCAUUAGUAUCGUGGAAGCAAAUCCACGGAAGUUCAAUCUUGAUUCCAUGGAGCUGAACAAGCGGAAAGCUUUCAUCACCAACACAAGGCAGAAUGUCAAGGAGAUGAAAGACCAAAUGGCAAGUCCAAUGGCCAUGUCGCUCUCAGACAAGAAAAACCGACAGACUCUAAUGGGAGACGGGGGGUCUCGUGGACCAAUCUGGCAACCAGGAGGAGAUAAAUACAUUCGACUGGACCGAGAACUGCAUUCUGCCAACUCUCAGUUUAUUGAAGAGCAACAAACCCAACAACAGUUGAUGGCGGAGCAGCAGGACGAGCAGUUGGAGCUGGUGUCAGGGACCAUUGGCGUAUUGAAGAACAUGUCUGAACGGAUUGGACAGGAGCUGGACGAGCAGGCAGUAAUGCUGGAUGAUUUUUCCCAUGAGAUGGACAGCACCCAGUCCAGGUUAGAUAACGUGAUGAAGAAGCUAGCGAAGGUUUCACACAUGACUAGCGACCGGCGACAGUGGUGCGCGAUCGGCAUUUUGUUGGCCGUCCUGUUCGUCGUGAUCCUCCUCCUCAUUCUUCUGUGAACAGCACUCCGUUUCCAGACCACUACAACUUUCCUCAUUCCAACCGAAAGGUCCGACUGAAAACCUACGCUGCUUCAAGGAAAGGAAAUCGUUUUCUCCCGAACUCGUUCAGUCGUCCUCUUUACCCGCUGAGUAUUGCGCUUGUCUUCUUCUGCCACUCCAUACCUGCAACCUGUGUGGUACUUUAUCUCGAUUCUCUGUAUUUGUUUUUGUUUUGUUUUUUGAAGCUCACGGGGCUUCCAUUUGUAUAGUUCCCUAUCGCUUAAAUGGGGGGAGAAGUCAAAAAAGCUUUGAUAUUAGCAUCCCGAGUCAGGGUAAACCUCGUCCGUGCUAACUUUAUGCCUCGUUAAUGCUUCAGAGUGAUUUAUUGAAGUAAUAAUAGGCUUCCUUUACCCGACAAUUCUAGGGCUCCUAUUGAAUCUUUUGCUUCCUGUCUGGUUUAUCAUGUACACCUGCUGUAUAGGUGCUGCAAAUGUUCAACCACAAAAAAAAUACCAUCAACACAUACACCUUGCUAUUGAUAGACAGAUGAAAAUUCGGGCUGAAGAAUCAAGUGUCUAUGCCUACAUUCAGCUAAUGAUGUACUACAGAGCGGAUAUGUCUGAUAAAACGGCUAGUAAACGUAGGUACGGUUACUGUGGAUAGAUACCUAGCAAUGAUUUUUUUUUUAAUUCCUAGUAAUUAUUGAUAACUACUGAAGUUAAAUACAUAUGAACACUGGGGUUUCCUGAUUUGGAACGUAUUUUUUUUUUUAUUAUUAAUAUUUUUUUUUCCGAAGCGGGUAUUUGAUAGCACUAAUAAUACUAAUCACUCAACUCUAGAACUUUCUAGAUGCUCCCGAUUUCUCAAGGCUACUAGUAGAGAUUUUAUUUCUAGUUCGAUGACUGGUUCAACUGUAACCUAUUCAAGACAUAUUUAGUUUGCUUGUUGUUACUAGUACAGAUCCUGACAGGUAGCAGUGGUCCUGCUAAAGACACAAAGAACAAUCGGGGCGGCGGAGAUGCAGUUUUCCGUCAUCUCGAUCUAAAAACACACCUGCUACACGUCUGCCUCUGAAGACUUUUUAAUGUUUCAUGAUUGUGCUUCAACUCGGAGCUUCCUUACAGGAAGGAGGAAUGUCUCCCAUCUUUAAAAGGGAACGAUCGAGGCAAUUUUAAGACGAUUCAGGAGCUGUAUUCAGACCUGAAGAACAUGUGUCAACACUACUUCAUUCCCGUCACGUUGUACAUCUCAUGUAAAAUGUCCAGGGAAGAAAAAAAAAGUCUGUGGAUAAAACCAUAUGAAAUGUUACAGAUUUGAAAAGCGAAUUUCACUUCUAGACGCUGUACCACGUACCCCCUGGCAUGGAGGAUUUCACCACCUCCAACCAAUCAGGAAGAACAUCCCAGCGUACUUCGUCAAUGACCGAGUACGGGAUAUUAGGUAGUGCCGAUUUCAGAUCAGGUUGAUCUUUUGAGGUCAAGUGAAUCUUUCAAUCCUGUCGAUUUCAGGUGGAUGAUCCCGAUGAGACUACAAACAGUAAGAUGUUUGAAACAUUUGACGAUUCCUGACUAAUGAUGAUUCGCAUGAAACUAUUUGAACGAUUUAAACGCCCGUUUACUGUUGAUCCCUUGAUUGCUCAGGGUAUUAAUGCCGAUUCAGCAGUUAUGUAAAGUGAUCACAGUCCACAAGAAUAGUUGCUGAAUUCAGAUGGAGCACCUGCACGUCUAUAUGAUGCUAGGUGUACGCCAUUAAGCCGUUCACAAGUGGCCAUUUGCAUUUACAACAGGUAACCAUAGCGAUUACAUUCAACUCGAUUACAUUCAACUGGAUAAAGAACCCAAUGUUCCACCAACUAAUAGUUGGGCUAGGUCUCUCAAGCAGUUGGAAAAAACACCCAUUGUUCUGUAUUUUGAGUUUGAUUCCCACUAAAAGGUUCUUAAGACUCCCUAAUGAGGACAUACACUGUAUGGACAAAAGUGUUUCUAAUGGUUCCAAUAGAUUUUAGUGUGUGCUUGUGGAGAUCCAUAAAGCCACAAAGGUGUUUCUAAAGUCAGGUACUGAUGUAGGUGAGGUGAGGAGGCCUGGUGUGCAGUCAGUAUUCUAAUUCAACAUGUUCAAUACGAUAUCGAACUUUAUAGCAGGAGAUCUUCCACCCCAACCAAUGAGAAGCGGAUCUUCAUGGACAAGUUCAGGUCUCCGAGUUCAAGUGGUGUCCCAAUACUUUUUCCAUAUAGUGUAUGUAUACACUGCUUUGUAUGGCCUGAAUAGAUUGACUACUUUGGCUUUUUUUUUUUUGCUAGAUUUCACACAAUACCAUAUCAACCAAACUGCCUCUGUGAAGUUCAGAACACUACAUGGCCAGUGCCUUAGUAUCUCAUACAGGAUAAAGGGUCUUUUUUUUUUAUUUUUAGCUGAGCAUUAUAUCCCAUUUCAGCAGGAUAGUCUUACAUGAGAUUCUUCUCUAUAUUCUCAUUUACUGAGAAAUCUCAGCAAAACGUUAUUCGGUUUGGUUUUUGUUUCACACUGUACGUAAACAGAACAGAACCUCAGUUGAGAAUGUACGCCUGAAAGUGAAAUUUUUUUUUCCUAAAAAUACGGAACGCUAAAUUCGAGUAGAAAUCCCACACCGCAUAUUUUAAAUGAUUCUGCAUAUUAUACCACAUACUGCAUAUUUUAAAUGAUAAGAAGUCUAGAACCUUGAAGUUCUAAGGAGGUUUGGUUCGCUUAUGAAGUUUUCUUCACCAUAAUGUUUACCUUGUCACAAAGGAUUUCUAACGGAACCCAUUUAGGACGCUUCAAACGCUAAUACGUAAAUGUUUUAACUUAGUAUAUUAUAGAGAAAUCGCUGCUGCUGCGUCAGCAUACGAGAAUUCAGUAUUGUCAAGAAAAAAAUCUCUGCAGUCCAUUUUCAUAUUGUUUUUUUUUUGUUGUUUUUUUUUAAUUGUUGACAUUUCUUUUUUUUUUUUUUUUUUCUUGGUUGGAAAAUCGUGACGCAAUUUAUUCCCGUAGCCCCAAACUGAAAAUGCCUGAUGACUUUGUAUCCAUUAAGAGCGAUUAUACUGCUGUUGUACAGUUGUAUCACUAAAACCAAUCCACCCCACUGUAAAGUAAAUGUUGCACAAUCGCGUCACCGUGGACUGGUGGCAUCGAUGGCGAGAAUACGGUAGCGAAUGGGCUUUUAAUGAUUCUGAUCGUAUGAUGUUUGUUUGCUGUGUGAGAAUGAAUUUUGUUGUUUCCCUUUCACCAUCCACUUCCCCUAGAAAUAUUUGUCCCACCAUCCCUGUGUGCAUCUGAGUCCCCUUAUGAAUUUAAUAAAUGCAGAACGCUGCUGAA